AUGCGCGUUGUAGAGCGCGUGCUGCAGCAGCACAACUGGCUGCUGCGCCGCUGCUUUGGCGGCUGCGGCGGCGAUGCAGCGGCGCUCGGUGGCACUGCUGCAGCCGACUGCCGCUUGGCACAAGCUUGCUUGCCAGUGCGGCAAGCCUACCACAGCGGGAGGUCGGCAGGAGUGUGGUUGGCACGCACGACUGAGCACUACUCAUCUUUGUCAACCAGCUGCAGUUUUGCCAGCAGCGCGCAGGCUGGCGCGACGCCCAGGGCUCCAGAUCGCGAAGACAGCCGGAGCAGCCGUCAGGCUGACGGCGGGGGCAGCAGCUCGGCAGUCGGCUUCGCAAAGGGCAGCAGCGGCGGCGGAGACGCCCUCAUGGGGGGCGGCGGGCGCGAAUUGAGGCUGGAGCGGCUGCAGCGCGCGGCCCCGGCGGACGACCUGCUGCGCGGCAUAAAG